GUUAAUAUAUCGAUUAUUUCAUGUGACAAUCUCAUUAUUAUUGAUAUUGCCUGUCAAUCAUCAUCAUGUCUAUUCUUGGUCAUUGGGCAAUAUGUUACGUACAAGUAGCCAGGCAACAUUAUCUAGUUUUGAAACCGUUUGGAUUGGUGCACAAAAAGGUUUAGAUGAAUGUUCGAAACAAUUGUAUGAACGAUGGCCAUGUCCAGAAUCGAUACUAUCGGAAGUUUAUCAAAAUCAUCUACCAAUAAAUCGAGAAGUAGCAUUUGUACAGGCAAUUAUAAGUGCCGGUAUUGUACAUACGGUUACAAGAAAUUGUAGUGCCGGUUCAUUGGAUAAUUGUAAAUGUACACGAUCAUCAAUAUUGAAUGGCAAUGAUGAUGAACAAUCAAUGCGUAAUGAUUUCCGUUGGGGUGGUUGUAGUGAUAAUGUUGAACUUGGUUAUCGUGUUGCUGUUGCCCAUCUGGAUGAUCGUGAAACUGGACAAGAUUUAAAGGCUAAAAUUCGUCUACAUAAUCAUCGUGUUGGUCGAAUUUCAGUAAAAGAAACAAUGAUACGAAAAUGUAAAUGUCAUGGUGUAAGUGGAUCAUGUUCAAUGCAAACCUGUUGGAUGAAAGUGAAUGAAUUUCGUGAAAUUGGUAAUUACCUUAAGAAAGCUUAUCGAAAAGCGGUAAAAAUUGAAAAUAAUUCACCAUGGGAACAGAAUAAUCAACCAGAAGUGCCCACAUGGAAAUUAAUGUAUCUACAUGAUUCACCGGAUUAUUGUAAAGCGGAUAUGAAUUCAACAUUCGGUUCAUAUACCGGUACAUUAGGUCGUCAUUGUUCAAUGCGCAAAGAUGAUGAUGUUACCGGUGAAGAAAGAAAAAGUUGUCGCCGUCUUUGUAAACAAUGUGGUUAUCGUGUACGACGUGAACGCCGUAUAAUAACAACCACCUGUAAUUGUCGUUUUGAAUUCUGUUGCCAGGUACAUUGUCAACAAUGUCAACGUGAAGAAUUUACCUAUGUUUGUGCACCAUCAUUAUUACCAUCAUCAUCAUCAUCAUCAUCAUCAUCAUCAACAACAACGACGACGACGACGGCAACAUCUGUAUAGUGGACAACCACCCACACAGUCGGCGUUGUCUGUAAAUGAAUUUUAUAAACGAAAAAACAAAUUUUAUGGCUUAAUUACACACCUGUUUUGAAUGUUUUUUUUUCACACACACACAUUGUGUUUGUGUAUUUUUUCUGUUAGAAUUAAACGAGAGUAGUGUUACUCUCUUAUUUAUUUGAAAUUCAAUUUAAGGAAUCACUACUAACCAACUUUCUUUGGGAAUAUCUUUUAACUGAGAUGAUUCCUAUUUUCAAUGGUCUAGUCAAAUUGUCUACGUUGUUCUUAGGUCCUUAGUGUUUGUGUUAAGACGACUAUAGUCUGGGUUUGUCACAACAAAAAAGUCGUCGUCGUCGUUGAACAUAAGUCCAGUGCAUUAUUAUGGAAUAUUGGGAUACGUAUACGUAGGAGGGUUUAUUGUUUAUUUCAAGUCAAUGAACCCAUUUGGUUUAUUCAACAGAGACGGUCCAAGCUACAAGAACAAAAACAGCAACAACAACAAAAAAAAUAUAUUUGGAUAUAUGGGCCAUUUGGGGGUGUG